AUGAAAGCAGCUGAGCCUGAGCCUGAGCCUGAACCUUUGGACACAGCACCUGUAGAAGAUGACAAGUGGCUUGCUGGCAUUGACCUGGGAGAAUUAACAUGGCUAAAGGAGGAGGAUCAAGAGCCCUCAUCUCCCAGCCAUGAAUCCGAGCCUCUACACAAGACCCUACUGUGCUGCUUACCACCUCCGUGGAUAGCUCUCCUCCAAGCACCAGCUCAGGGGACCCAGGAGGCACCAGAUGAGGUGCUCCUCAGAGUCACCCGAGGUGCCCACGAACCCACUGAAGUGCUACACCGGCAAGUAGUUGUUCCCUGUAACCUUACAUUAGCUCUGUUGCUCAUGGCCCAUGAGGGACUGGGAGGACACUUUGGCGUGAAAUGCACUACCCAGCAAAUCCAGCGUCAAUUCUUCUGGCCAGGCCUGCCCAAAAGUGUUAAGGCUUACAUAGCCUCCUGCUUGCCCUGCCAGGUCGCUGGGAACCCAAACCAGGUAGUGCCAAGGGCACCUCUCCAGCCCAUCCCUUCUGCGAGCAUUCCCUUCCAUGAUAUCUUGGUAGAUUAUGCACGCUCAGAAACCACCGGGUACAGUCCUUUUGAGCUGCUGUUUGCUCACUCCACACAUGGGCCCCUAGAUAUACUCUAUGAGGCUUGGGAAAACCCCACCAAGGCAUCCUGGCUGGAAGAGCUGCUGGACAUACAGGCUAAAAUUACGGGUUGCAUGGGAUGUUGCCAAAGCUUCAGAGACAGUGGUGCAGAGUAG